ACUGCUGGCCAGCCUGCGACGCCCAUGUCUUUCAAGUGAAUGAAAAGAAAUUCUGAUGUCUCUGUUUUUGUUUCAGGUGCUACAAAAGAGAUUGGUUCAGCUCUGACCAGGAUGUGUAUGAGACAUCGCAGUAUUGAGUCAAGGCUCAAACAGCUCACUGCUGCUCUGACUGACAGUUUGAUAAACCCUCUGGAGGGUCGGAUUGAGGAAUGGAAGAAAAUUGCCAACCAACUGGACAAGGACCAUGCCAAAGAAUACAAGAAAGCUCGACAAGAGAUCAAGAAGAAAUCGUCUGAUACACUAAAAUUGCAGAAAAAAGUGAAGAAAGGGAAGGAAGAAGUGAGGCUACAGUUGGACACAGCUUUACAGGAUGUCAAUGAAAAGUAUGUGCUGCUGGAGGAGACCGAGAAGCAGGCUGUGUGCCGGGCUCUGAUUGAGGAACGCAGUCGCUUCUGUACAUUUGUUACCCUUCUGCGACCUGUGCUGGGUGAGGAAAUUGGAAUGUUGGGAGAGGUUACACACUUGCAGUCUAUCCUAGAAGACCUGACAAACCUGACAGCUGACCCCCAGAUACUGCCUCCUGCCAGCGAACAGGUAAUCUUGGAUUUGAAGGUGGCAGAUGAUUAUGGCUACACAUACCACACCCCUCCAUCAUCCCCUAGCAGCUCUCACUCGCGGAGGGGCACUGUAAGCAGCAUAUACCAUUACCCACAAAGUACAGGGAAACAUCCCAGCAUUCCCAACUUUGAAUCAGCCUCGGCAUCAAUGGAAACACUUCAUAUACAACCCCCGUCUGUCUCGACAGCUGAUGGCACCAGCCAGAAAUCCACCAGUUCAGCAUCCUCCGAGGCUUCAGAAACCUGGAGGUCGGUUAGCGAAUGCAGCUCUCCCACCUCUCUCUGCUCUGGCUACAAGACUGGGCUGUGGACAGCAGCCAGCAAGGUGAUAGCAGCCUGUUCCAAGCCAGGUUUGAGUGCUGGGUCCUGA